UUUUAUUAUAUUACAGUAAUAGAAGAGUUUUCAAAUUGGAUAGAAGAUAGAAAAGAGGCAUAUAAGGAAUUUCUUGUUCCCGAUUUGAAGUUAGCAGCUUUUAAAUUAGUAAGACAGAAGCACAUGAAACAAAUGUUAUUGAUUAAAAAAAUAUCUUCUGUAUAUGAUUUUGUGGAACAUAAAGAUAUGUUCUUACAAGUAAUAAAGGAUAUGAUACGAGAAAAAGAAUACAAAGAAGCUGCACAGUAUGCAGCAAUGUUACAAUUGCAAAGCCACUUUAUAGAUCCAAAAAUAUUGUUAUUACCUCUUAUAUUACAAAAUAAGUUGCAAGUAGUUGACGAAUUUCUAGUUGACUGCCCAGAGGUACAACAAACCUUGACAACUUACUUAGAUGACCUUAUAGCACCAGGAAACAAUGUACAAAUUGCAUUAGAACAAUUUAUCCAAGCUUAUGAUAUACCAGAAGUUAAGAUAUCAGCACAAGCUCGUCCAAUAACUAGACUUAUUGCACGUCUAAUAAAACAGUACAAUUUGUCACCCGAUGUAUGUCCUCACUUAAAUACAAAACGAAACGAAGGAGCAUUACAAUUCCUAAUGUACAAGCGUUACAUGGAGAAUAGCUUAAAUGUUGCCAGUUGGAGAGAGAUGGUAAGAGAGGCAGUUGGAGAUGACCGUAAAUUGCAAGUGGAAUUACUCUUGAUGCUAGUUAAUGCUAACGAUGAAAAAGAAGGCUUAUACUGGGCAAAACAAUAUCAAAUACCUAAGGAGGAGUGGCCAUGGGCAAUUUUGCACGAAGAAGAAUAUAAUGGAGAAAGGGUAAAUGAUGGCGCUUCUACGAGCAGAGAAGAAAAUUACGAACUGACUGAGAAUAAUUCAAAUUAUCACGUCUUAAAAUUGCCAAGAGAGUCCAUCAAUGUAGUAGAUAAUGGACGCUUGUUUGAAGAAUUUCUUGAUACUGGACUGAGAAAUGUUAGCAUGGUUGGAAUUGAUUUGGAAUGGAAGCCUAGUUUUGGAUCUAAGCCACCAGAGUUAGCGCUCAUACAAAUAGCUACAGAUGAUAGCGUUUAUAUUUUGGAUGUCACUACUCUGGGCAAUGAAUUACAUGAGCUCUGGAUUGAACUUGGUCUUACAUUAUUUGGAAAUAAAAAUAUUGUGAAAAUUGGAUUUGGCAUAGCACAUGACAUGACAGUCAUGCGUAACAGUCUUCCUAUUAUAUCGUCUGUGAAAAUGCAUGGCCAAGGAUACCUGGAUUUGAUGCAUUUAUGGAAAAAAUUAGUGGAAGAGCACAAUUUUGUGUUCCCGUAUAAAGGGGAUCCAAGUUUCACUAGCAAAAGCUUGAGUAAAUUGGUAGAGCUGUGUUUCGGACAAAAACUCGAUAAAUCUGAUCAAUUUUCAAAUUGGGAGUUACGACCUUUAAGAGAAAGCCAAAUAAAAUAUGCUGCAUUGGACGCUUAUUGCUUAUUGGAAAUUUACAAUGUACUGGCAGAAUAUUCAAGAGACAUGGAUAUACCGUUUGAGGAUAUUUGCACUGAAGUACAGUAUAUGCCACAAACAUAUACCAAACCAAAUGGGAAUAAACCUGGAUAUAAGAAACCUAAUCCAACAACGCCUAACAGAAGCAACGAGAAUUAUCACGCGAACACGGAAGCUUCGUCAAAGUGCGGAACAACGCCUAAACACAAGCUCGCACCCAAACCAAAUGGGUAUCAGUGGAAUAAACAAAAUAAUCAGGAGAGAGGAAUCGCAAAUAUUGGAUUAAUCACAGUUAACGAUGGAAGACGUGAUAAUCAAAGAAGACACGAGAACUAUAGAAAACAUGACAACCAUUAUAAUCAUAAUCAGGAUAGAUACGCGCGUUCCGGCAUACUUCUUAACGAUGAAAGAUACGAAAGACCCAACAGUGCAAGACGCGACAAUCAGAGGAGGUAUGAAAACCAAGAUUAUAACAAUCAAGAUAGAUAUAUGCGUGUCGGAAAUGCGCUCCAAAUGGAUGAAAGAUAUGAAAAGCAUAACAACGAGAGACACGAGAACCAGAGGAGAUAUGAUAAUUAUAACAGAUAUGAUAAUCAAAACAAAUAUGGUAAUCAAAAUAAGCGUGACAAUUACAACAGAUAUGACAAGCAGCAUAAACGAGAAGAUACACAAAACAGACGAGAUAUCCAGAGCAGGAUGAAAGACCAAGACGGUGCGAGUAAAUCAGCGUCACGGCAAUAUUUAAUUCCUGCGCAUAAGUGGCGCGUUGUAUGCGACUCGAUGCUGGGUGGGUUGAGCAGCAAGCUGCGGAUGUGCGGCGUGGAUUGUGUGCAUGUAUUAUUUGAUCAAGGUGGGGACGAUUCCGCUCAAUUGGCGAUGCGUGAAAACAGGAUUCUCUUAACGCGCAACAAGAACUAUGAAAAGUUUAAGCAGUAUCUACCGUUGGAGAAUUGCUACAGGAUAAUGGCCGACACGCCUGACAACCAAUUGCGCGAAGUUCUGUGUAACUUUGGAGUCAUAGUUAGCCAGAACGAUAUUUUCAGCCGAUGCCAAAUAUGUAAUUACGACGAAUUCGUGAAAGUCCCGAAGAGAUUGAUGGACGAUCUUGUACAAAGUUUUGUGAAAAUUAUAAGGCAAAACAAUUACCGGGUGCUGCCUAAUCAAUCCGAUAGCAUGUCAAAGGUCGGCGAUGAUACUACAAGUGACGAUUACGAAUUGGCUCGAAACCCGAAUAAUUAUUUCACAAACAGUGAGCAUCGCACGUGGCGUCUGUCCACAGACACUGUCGACGUAGGCAAGUGCACAACCAGAUAUCAGAUGAGAAUACAAAUCGAUAAAGUCCCUUUAAACGUACUGAAAAAUGUACAAGUCUUUUAUAUUUGCGAACAUUGCGGAAAGAUAUAUUGGGACGGUUCGCAUUUGGAGCGAGCACUUAAUGGUGUUAUCAAAGAUUUGAUCGUUAAGUUGUAAGUAUUAAUGUUAGAUGUGAUAAAAGACUCGAAGGUGCAUUUAAAGGACUGCCGAGAUAUUAAAAAAAAAAAG